AUGGAGCUCCCCAAUGAAUGCCCCCAGCAGGCCCUGCAUGGGACAGGUGUCCCCAACAUCAGCAGGACCCUAGUGACACCAAUGUGCUCCAUGUAUGGGUGGAGUGGCAUGGCCCAUGCACAGCAAAGAGAAGGCCAAAGCAAGGAAGCCAGCCUCCGGGGAGACUCUGGGGAUGAUGUCUGCAUCCAGAGGAGACAUGUGAAGUGGGAGCAGGCGUGGCUGGCAAGUUGGCUAGGUGAGCUGGCGUCCUGGGGCUUGCCCCAGUUUGGCGAUACUUCCUCUUCCAAAUUGCGCUGCUUCCUCUUCCAAAUUCCAAACCUCCAGCCUUCUAGUCCCAAACUCUGGACCCAGGCCCAGGACCAGGGGGCACGGCCCGCGGUUAAUGGCAUCGGGAAGGAAAAUGUUUUUCCCUGGGUGACCCCGGGCGAGGCGGGCACCGGCGGGAGCGGCGGCCCCAUCAACCCCGCCUCGCUGCCUCCUGGCGACCCGCAGCUCAUCGCGCUCAUCGUGGAGCAGCUCAAGAGCCGGGGGCUGUUUGACAGCUUCCGUCGGGACUGCCUGGCCGACGUGGACACCAAGCCAGCUUACCAAAAUCUGAGGCAGAAAGUGGAUAAUUUUGUGUCAACACAUCUGGACAAGCAGGAAUGGAAUCCGACGAUGAACAAAAACCAGUUGCGAAAUGGUCUGAGGCAAAGUGUGGUUCAGUCAGGGAUGUUGGAGGCGGGAGUUGACAGGAUCAUUUCUCAGGUGGUAGAUCCAAAGCUCAACCACAUCUUCAGGCCACAAAUAGAACGAGCAAUUCAUGAGUUCCUGGCGGCCCAGAAAAAAGCAGCUGUGCCAGCACCGCCUCCAGAACCCGAAGGCCAGGACCUUCCAGCUUCAUCCCAGGAUGCUUCCUAAGAAUAUGUCUGGCACCUUUUGAGAGCUCCAUUUAAUUAAUGGUGAAGAAGAGGUUUGGUUACAUAAGAGUUCAGCUUCAGAAUGAAGAUAGGCCAAGGUCAUCACUGAUUUCAGGAUUUUAGCCUGACUAUGGGCAGUGUCUGGAUUGAACAGAAACAAGUCUGGAGUGGGGGAAGUUGACCGUGGUAUCUCCAGUAUAGGCUGCUGUUUGACCAGCCUAUCCAAGGGUAUGAUACCCGUAAAUACUACUGAGAGAUAAAGAAACACUACAGCAACCUGGGCUUUUCCUAAAACAGAUUCUUAUACUUGAAUAUGAAGACUUUGUGUGGACUUCAGGAUUUGUGCUGUGGGACAAGCAACAGCUGCAGUGAAAGAACGUGAUCUGUCCCAAAGAUUAUUUCAGAGAACUAUGGCAACAAAGGUUAGCUGGGAAGCAGGCAUUUGGCAGAGCUUAUUUGAGAUGCUGUUUCUCAGAGAUCCUACAAUGUACAAGCCAUCAGGAUCAGCUGGUUUUAGGUGGUUGUGAUCUUGGACAUGCAUCUUCUAGCCAGUUUCCUCUCCCUUGAAAGAGAAACAAAACACGAAAUCCUAGUGUGAAGAAGCCAGACUUGAGUGUGAGGAAGGACAUUUGCAGGUUCCCUAUCCAGGUUCUUCUUGUCCUGCAGGGCUAGUGAGUCUCCGUGUGUUUAUUUUAUGUCCAUGUUGGUGUUUUUUAGAAAAGUGAAUGGUCAACAGAUGGCUGACGUUUUAUAAUAAAAUCAUUUAAUACUCUUA